AUGUUUAUUAUUGAAAGAGCUUUAAAUAUAUUUACAUUAAUAUAUGAAAUGGAGGCUAAAAUCAGCCUAAAUGAAUCUAGAAUUCCAAAAAUAGGUCUCGAAAGCUCGGCUUCAAGUUUUAAUUCCGCCUUAGAUAGUUCUACAAAAAGAAAUUCGCUGUCUUUUAAUACAGGUUUUAUCCCGAACCAGCUUGUUCUUAAUUCUUCUCUUUUAAGCGAAUUAAGGCAAGAGUCCUUUUCAAGUAGCAAAAAUAUUCCGCAAAAUAUAGAAGAGCCAGGAAAAUACGAAGGUAAAUCUGAAGCUUCAAAUUAUAAGCAAUAUAAGCGAAAAAGUAGUGAAAGCAAAGAUCUUGUAAAAUCGUCUUCAAAGUUUCAAGCUAAUGUUCAAAAGUUAGAAUCUGAAGCAGUAAACAUUCUAGAAAAAGGGCAGGCCCAAAGUAUCCCCAACUUGGAACUUUCAAAAAUCGUUUCUCCAGAUUCAUCAAACAUUCAAGUAAGAAAGCAAAAUAAUGUUGCUGCAACUUCAUCCCUCAAUAACCAUUCUCAGUCUAAACACAAAUUGAAUGCUCAAGAAAGACAAAUAGAGUCAAAAGAUAGGAAUAUCCAAGCAUCUUCCCCAAGAUUUGUGAGAGUUAAUAGUAAUCUUGUGGACAAUUCUUUUAAUACACAUAGAAUGCAAAAUAUUGCUAAAGGUGGAGCUUUUCCUGCAGUUUCACCAAUAUCAAGAGUCUAUAAUAACACAAAUAUCCAUGGAACAUCCUGGAGAACCGUAUGGCCAAACUCAAAUCUUAUGUCAAAUGGAGGAAUGGGGGACGCGUUGGCAUCUCCUGUGUCAGCCAAAUCAAUGAAUAAAUUUAGUCCUGCAAGUCCACAGCAAAUGUUCUCCCCAACAAGUUACAACCAAAUCAAUUCCAAUGUUAAGUACACAGUUACGCCAAAUCCAUCCGUAGUAAGGUAUAUUGAGCAAAAAUCUGCAGAAGGGCUUGCAUCACCAGUUGGGUUCUCACCUCUAGCUUCCCCAAAUUACAGAAAAAAUGUAUCACAAAGUAAAUCAAAUAAUAGUACAUCCACGGCAAACUCUAAUCUCAAUAAUCUAACAUUCAGCUAUAAAGGUUGA